UAUUCUCUCCCCACUUGAUAGCGAGAGAUAAAAAAAGAGGUCGAUAAGGUCUUUUCACAUCUUCCAUCACCUCCUCAUCGCCUCGCCCCUCCCCCUCUCUCUCUCUUCUUCUUCGUCUUCGUCUCUCUCAGAAUGCUCAUCAGAUAUAAUCUCCUUUUCGUUUCCCUUGAUGUGUUUUCUCUUCUAAUCUCCGUUUAGAGAGAAACCAAAACCACAAAAAAACAGAGGAGAGAAAGAGAGAGAAGAUAAGCUAAUCUAUGGCCACCGCCGCCGCCGCCGCCGCUAUGACAGAGAAGGAAGCUAUGGUGGAUCCUUUUUUGGUCGAAGCUCUCCAGAAUCCUCGUCAUCGUCUCACCAUUUUGCGGAUGGAGCUCGAUAUACAAAAGUUCUUCCAAAACCCUGAGCAGCUUCAGUUCGAGUUCUCUCCUUUCCCAACGUCUUACCUUCGUCUCGCCGCACAUCGGGUCGCUCAGCACUAUGGUCUGGUCACCAUGGCUUUAGACAACGGUGGUGGCGCAGUGGAUGGAUCAGACAACAGGAUCCUGGCGACCAAGACAGCUGAGAGUAGGUUUCCUUGCGUCUGCUUGUCCGAAAUCCCUGUCAAGCAACCCGAGAACGGUAGACCCGAGGGUUUCAAGAUUGCGAUCAAGGCGAGACCCAAGAGAGGAUCCGGCUCCGGAGGUAGCGGAUCCGGAGUGCAGCAGAAUCUUCAGAGAAGUGUUGAGGAGAGGAAAGAGGAGUAUGAUAAAGCUAGAGCUCGGAUCUUUAAUAGCCCUGGUAGUUCCGACUCUGAAGAUUCUUCGUCGUUACGAGCUCCUCCUCUUCCUCCUCCUCCUGAAGUUAAAAACACAAGUGUAAACCGCAGUGAGGCUGAGGUGGCUGUCAGUAAUAACUCUCUUGAUGUUGGUGGUGGUUCUCGAGAAUCUGGAAGGACUUCUAUAGCCAUCAUCAGAGAUAGGGAGAAAGAUCGUUAUGAUCCUGAUUAUGACAGGAGCUAUGACAGGUAUGUCGUGGAUCCCGCCUACAGGUACGUUAGGGUUAUGCCGUCUGGCCAAAGCUUCAAUCCGAUGCCUCUCCACAUUCCGUUUCACGAUGGAGGUUUCCCGCAGAUGCCAAGAGGUCAUCAAGCUCAUCUAAACUACGGGCAUCAUCCGCUAAACCCUGCUAUGAGUCCCUUUAUUAACCACCCGGCUGCUUAUACACCGUGGCCAAACUCACCAGCUAUGAACUAUGCGCAUUCGUUGAACGGCCCAGACACAAAUCUUUUCAGGCAUCCUUCUGCGAGCAAUCCCUGACGACAAGUAGUGUUUUGAGUACUUCAAUGUUUGUAUGAAAGUUUUAAAAAAAGAAACAGAUUCUAUAGAUAUUUAGCCUUUAGGAGCUCUCUGUUCUGUUCCAAACAAUGGCUGCUGCUUUCUUAUAUAAAAAGACAUCUUCUUUCUC